AUAGUUUUAGGUCAUGCAAUAACAAGUAAAAUGAAGAUAGUAUGAAAUACUUAUGCCAUUUUACAAAAGCUCAAACUUGGGUAAUACAGCAUGCAAAUCACCAAUGAGAUUGAACACCAGAUCUCUCAUCUGAUUAUAUCUAUCCAUUGCAUGCCAUUCACUAUUAUAGAAGCUAAAGAUAAAACAUAUACUCAAAUGUAAAACAGGUUGCAAUUUGAUCAACAUUUUCUUACCCUCACAGAAACUUACGGCAAACCGAUUAACCCUUUGAUCUAAAACUUGUAGCAACAUGAUAUGUUAACAUUGCCAUUUCUACCUAUCCUUCCUCACAAAAGAGUUGCCGCUGCACCACGGAGGUUAUGUUAACCAUACUUGGAAUAUAAAUUUGAAAAGUAAUAAUCUUCUCCAUCUCUAUCUCCCUUUACAUGCAUUUAACCCACAAGAACAUCCUGACAAAGACAUGAACUUUUACCACAAUGCUAGGAGUAAAGAUGUCCACUAAGAGCAGGUCACUUUCAAAUGAUCCAGAAAUUUCUAUACAAUUUGAGCAUCGCAAUCCCCCUCCACUAUUUAAAUGUGACUCAGCAUAAAUUCCUCGUCAGGCUGGGUGAUUUCGACUUAGAUACUUUAAGAUCUCAGUUAGAGAAAGAAAGAGAGAUGGAUCAUGGCCACAGGUAUAUCAUAUGGGAAGGCUACAUGGACUGGAGAAAUAGGCCAGCCAUUAAAGGAUGCCAUGGUGGAGUGGUUGCUGCCUCCUUUGUUUUAGUGGUGGAAAUCUUGGAGAACCUAGCAUACCUGGCAAAUGCAAGCAAUCUAGUCAUCUAUCUAUCAAAGUUCAUGCAUUUCUCUCCAUCUGCUUCAGCCAAUAUAGUAACAAACUUUAUGGGGACCGCUUUCCUUCUCGCUCUACUUGGUGGGUUCUUAUCUGAUGCAUUCUUCACCACUUAUUGCAUCUACCUGACAAGUGCAAUAAUUGAAUUUACGGGACUAUUGAUUCUCACAGUGCAAGCUCGCAUACCUUCUCUGAGGCCACCCAUUUGUACAUCAGUUAACAGAAACAUUGCAUGCGAAGAAGUUGAUGAUGGCCAAGCAGCUAUGUUAUUUUCUGGUCUUUACCUGGUGGCCCUAGGUGUUGGAGGCAUAAAAGGGUCACUUCCUCCACAUGGGGCUGAGCAAUUUGAUGAACACCAACCACAAGGAAGGAAGCACAGAUCAUCAUUUUUCAAUUAUUACAUCUUUUGCCUUUCUUGUGGAGCACUUAUUGCAGUGACAUUAGUGGUGUGGGUAGAAGAUAAUAAAGGCUGGCAGUGGGGUUUUGGCAUCUCAACCAUAGCAAUAUUGACCUCCAUUGUGAUUUUCCUCCUAGGCUCUGAGACUUAUAGGAUCAAAGUUCCCACAGGAAGCCCUAUUACAACCAUUUUUAAGGUUGCAGCUGCAGCAAUUUGCAACUCUCUCCAUCCUAGGAAUUCUACCAAUUCUGCGGUAGAAAUUAGGACAAACCCCUCAAGCACAACUGAGUCUAGUGAGGAAGAAGGACAUGAGAAAGGGAAGGCAGAGACUGAAACCAAAUCAGAGGACAUGAAGUUCAUUAGCAAAGCAAGAGCAAACAAGGCAACCUACCCCUCACUUUACUGCACAUUGAAACAAGUGCAAGAGGUGAAGAUAGUCAUCAAGAUCUUGCCGAUAUUUGUAUCUACUGUUAUGCUCAACUGUUGCCUAGCUCAGCUUUCCACAUUUUCAGUGCAACAAGCAGCAACCAUGAACACAAAUAUUGGUGCUCUAAAAGUUCCACCAGCUUCUCUUCCAGUAUUUCCAGUCAUAUUCAUCAUGAUACUUGCACCAAUCUAUAACCAUAUUAUAAUCCCAUUUGCCAGGAAGGUGAGCAAGAAUGAAAUGGGCAUUACUCAUCUACAAAGAAUUGGAACAGGGUUAGUCCUAUCAAUUAUAGCCAUGGCUGUUGCAGCUCUGGUGGAGAUGAAGCGGAAGAGAGUGGCAAUGCAGUCUGGAUUAAUGAAUUCUACAGAACCGCUUCCAAUCACAUUCCUUUGGGUGGCUCUGCAAUACCUGUUCCUUGGAUCAGCUGAUCUUUUCAGCUUGGCCGGCUUGAUGGAAUUCUUCUUUACAGAAGCUCCCUAUAGCAUGAGGUCUUUGGCGACAUCAUUCUCUUGGGCAUCACUAGCCAUGGGAUAUUACCUCAGUUCAGUCCUCGUAUCACUCGUUAAUAGUAUAACUGGUAGCUUUGAACAAACACCAUGGCUUUCUGGCAGUAAUUUGAAUCAUUAUCACCUUGAAAGGUUUUACUGGUUAAUGUGCAUACUUAGUGGACUCAAUUUCUUACACUAUCUCCUCUGGGCCACCCGCUACAAAUACAGAUCAAUGGAGCCAGAUCAACAGAGAGAUCAAGAUAAUACGACAUGGACUGAAGCCUAAUUGUAGUAUGUCACAUUUGUUUGACAUGUGAGGUUCUUCACCUGCCAAAAUGGGAGUAGUUGAUCUGAGAAGAGAUAUGCUGGCCAUCAAUCCAUAUUUUCUAUAAUUGUAAGCUUCCUCAUAUGAAUUUUAGCCCUCAUACUUUUUAGGUGCUUUUGUAACUUUCCAAACAAAUUGAAAAAUCUAGUUACAGUAUAUUCUCAUA